GGAAGAGUGGGCUUUGCUGGAUCUGGCUCAGAGGAGCCUCUACAGAGAGGUGAUGCUGGAGAACUUCCAGAACCUGGCCUCACUAGGUUUUGAGACUCAACUUAAAAGUAAUGAAUCAGUCACUUUGCAAAAUAUUUAUGGUGAAAAAAUAUCCAAUGAACAGAAGAUAAAUCACAUCAGUGCUCACACUGGAAGCAAACCCUAUCAAUGUAAGGAAUGCGGGAAAGCUUUCCAUUUUCUUGCUUGUUUCAAGAAGCACAUGAAAACUCCCACGGAAGAGAAACCCUAUGAAUGUAAGGAAUGUACCAAAGCCUUCAGAUGUUCUUCAUUCUUUAGGGCACAUAUGAAGAUUCACACUGGAAAGACAAACUAUGAAUGUAAGGAAUGUGGGAAAACCUUUAGCUGUUCUUCCUCCCUCACGGAACACAGAAGAAUUCAUAGUGGAGAUAAGCCUUAUGAAUGUAAGGAAUGUGGGAAGGCCUUUAGUUGCUCCUCCUCACUCUCCAAACACAAGAGGAUUCACAGUGGAGAUAAGCCAUAUGAAUGUAAAGAAUGUGGGAAGGCUUUUAGUUCUUCCUCUCACCUCAUCAUACAUAUAAGAAUUCAUACUGGAGAGAAGCCUUACGAAUGUAAAGAGUGUGGAAAGGCCUUCAGUGAGUCCUCAAAACUCACUGUACAUGUCAGAACACAUACAGGAGAGAAACCCUACAAAUGUAAGGAAUGUGGGAAGGCCUACAAUUGUCCCUCCUCCUUAAGUAUCCAUAUGAGAAAACACACUGGAGAGAAACCCUAUGAAUGUCUGGAGUGUGGAAAAGCCUUCUAUCUUCUUACUUCCCUUAAUACGCACGUGAAAAAUCAGAGUAGAGAGAAACCCUAUGAAUGUAAGGAAUGUGGAAAAGCCUUUAGCUGCCCCUCGUCUUUUAGAGCACAUGUGAGAGAUCACACUGGAAAGACACAAUAUGAAUGUAAGGAAUGCGGGAAGGUCUUUAGUCGCUCCUCAUCCCUCACUGAACACCUGAGAACUCACAGUGGAGAGAAGCCUUACGAAUGUAAGGAAUGUGGGAAAACCUUCAUUAGUUCCUCCCACCUUACAGUACAUGUAAGAACUCACACUGGAGAGAAACCUUAUGAAUGUAAGAAAUGUGGAAAGGCCUUUAUUUAUCCUUCAGCUCUUAGGAUCCACAUGAGAACACACACUGGGGAGAAACCCUAUGAAUGUAAGGAGUGUGGGAAAGCCUUUCGUCAUUCUUCAUACCUAACUGUACAUGCCAGAAUGCACACCGGCGAGAAACCGUUUGAGUGUCUGGAAUGUGGGAAAGCCUUCAGUUGUCCUUCCUCCUUUCGAAGACAUGUGAGAAGCCACACUGGAGAGAAACCAUAUGAAUGUAAGGAAUGUGGGAAAGCCUUUGUUUGCUUUUCAAACCUCAGGCAACAUGUGAGGUCUCACACUGGGGAGACAUCCCAUGACUGUAAUAAAGUAGGAAAUUGUUGCUCAUCUUUCUGA